UAUUGUAACUCUUCAUGGUCACACUCGGAAAGUACCGCAAACUUUUGCAAGACGUCGUGUGAAUAAGAAUUAGAGCGAAAUUUUAAGAAUGCGAAAACGUGAUAGGUUAGGAUGCUGGCAACAGCUUUUAACGCUAGUGGGCGUUCCCUCACUCUCGGAGAAGGAGUGGGCCAAGUUAUAUAAGUAUUACUUGCAGAGCUGGAAGAGAAUUCAUUACAUCAAGCUCGACAAAAACGCUCUUCCUGCUGCAGAUGUAAACCCUAUAAUCGGACGCCAUAAUGUCACGCAACCACCGGCUGAUGUGGCUUCUGCUCCUGGAAGGCACAUUAAUGCGCCAGCGGGUCGCUCAGUCAGUCCCAUCAAGCGCCGGAAUACUGUGGCGCAGAAAUCAGCUCCCUCAGUCUACCCCAUCAAGCGCCGCAAUUCUCUUGCACCGCUAUUAUCUUCCUCAGUCGCUUCCAUGCAGCGCCGCAAUUCUCUGGCACCGCAAUUAUCUUCCUCAGUCGAUCCCAUGAAGCGCCGCAAUUCUCUGGCACCACCAUCUGCAGGAGCAGCUCCCAAAAACCUAAAACGUAAAAGCUCUAUGGCUGCUCACGAUUGCGAUACCAGUCAUCAAACAGAUCUGUUGCUCAGUCCGAUUAAACGCACCGACUCGGUGAUCUCCGCAUUCGAAAAUAUCGAUUCCAAUGGUUUCAAUAGUCCCAUGCAGCGCCGGGACUCGAUUGGUUUGGAUCAAUGGAUGAAACCAAUAAAAUCAAUAUCACCUUUGGCUCCCAGCCCCAUUAUGCGCCAAGACAAUGUGGUAUCAGGUCUAGGGAUAAAUCGGAAUCGGGACUCCUUAGUUACAUCUUCGCCAAUGUUAAAAUCGAAAAAGUUAGCGCGCAAGGCACUGAAAAAGCCGAAAAGCGCCGUAAAGCAUGUAACUGGAUCGGGCGACGAUCUAGAUGAGGAGAUGUCGCUAUCGACUUGGAAGAAAUACAUUGACCAGCGUAAGGCGUUAGACACAAAGACCUUGGAAAGCUCCGAAAAUGGAAUUCCACCUCAGAAGGUUAAUAAUAAUAAUAUUGAAAUGGAUACGCCUGUGAAGCGCAAGAGGGGUCGCCCGACUCGCGAGGAGAAGGCUAAGCGACUGGAGGAGAACCAAGUGCCAAAGAUGCAUCAAGCUUCGGACCCUUUGAAGGAGCCACAACAGGAGAAAUCAAUUCCUGACGUAGAAGCAUCAAAGAAUCAAGGACGAGUAGCUCAGCGCCAUGACGCACCUAUGGAGCCGCAGAAAACCGCCUUGCAGCCCACUACAAUAAGUCUUUCACCACAGACGACCAAGACCCAUCAGUAUUCCAAACCGCCCCAACAGAAGUCAGAAGCCAAGCCAACAUGUCAGUCAACUUCUUCAGUCAGCGAUCAGGAAGGAACGGACAUCACCAUACUUUCAAAUGUUGUCGUACCACCCGCUGUAAGCUUUUUUAUGUUCAUUAAGUCACCUAACUCCCUUUCCUUCUCACAGAUCAUAGAUGAAGACGCGAUCCUACCGGCCCACAUGCCAGUGCAUGCAAUAGAUUUGAAAAGUCCUUCCAAAGUUCCUUCCGAAGAUAAAGAAGAGAAGGAAGACGAGCAGGGAGAGGGUAUGGAGAAGGAGAAGGACGAGGACGAAACUCGCGACCAAACUCGACAGAGAACGGGAUUAUCAGAGAAAACGACCGUUCAAUGUACAAAAGUAUUUUCUCAAUCGAUGAAGAGGAAGAUGAACAGCUCUUGGCCAAGCAAAGGCUUCGUUUUAAAUGACUUGGAGGCAGAGGAGCAGCUAAUCGACGAUGUAAUGGAUCUAACCAGGACCGUUGGCGGCGAAGAGGGUGAUAAGGAUGCCCUGGACAUGGAUAUCGACCUCGACCUACUGGUUAAGGACGACAACAUGACCAACCAGAUGGCGCUGAUUGACCCGCAGCCCGAGAUGUCUUUCGAUCAAUGUCUGGAAGCAAUAGACACCAAGUUAAACAGUCCCAAAAGAGCGCCCAGCUCGAUAGACCAUCAGCUAACCAAUGCUGCCGAGUUUAUCGAGGAGCUAUCAAGUCGGCCGCCCGUAGAUGUGAAUGCGGACAAGUCGAACCUAAUGUGGCCGUUCAUGGACGAAGAUGAGGUGUUAGACUACGAAGCUGACAACGAUGUGCUAACGCUGGUUGUCUCUUCGGAUGAACUGGAUGACGAGGACCCAAGUAAGUCCCCUAAACCCGAACUGCAACCAAAGGGAAUUGAUAAACCCGAAAUCCCGAAUGCGGAAAAACCGAAGAACUUUCGGAUACCCCGGAUAAACCCAGAGCUGCUGCAAGCACAACCAUCCGUCAUGCAUUCCCUGUACUUACAUGAAAAUGAGGAACGCAAUGGGGAGAAAAUAACCCAAGAUGUGCGCCUAAGGCGGGAAGAGGCAAGAAUUGCCAGGCGUCCAAAGGAAUCAAUGCCCCGGUUUGCACCUCCCUAUCGGCAAACUUGCGAAAAUUAUGUUCCCGAAGACUUGCCGCAGCCGCUGUUUGGCCCCCAAGACUUGGCUCCUCCGCAGUUUGGUCCUGAUGAUUUGGCUCCGAUUUGUGCCCCGCCCAACAACAGGGAAGAGACAAACUAUCGGCAACCUCUUGUCGCAUCGCAAUAUUCCCCGGGAACCUUUAUUCCAAAUUCUGAACCGCUCGGUAACAGGGAUUUUCUCGCCGAAGUGCCACACCAACGGCAUCCUCCCGGAGCAUCCCAAUAUGUGCCACAAAACUUGACCACCAGCUGCAGGAAUACUUGCCCCGCCGAAGUACCGCUUCUCAGCCAUCAAGGCAUUGGUGCCAAGCAUUGGAUGAUGGAGAUCUUUGGAGUUAAGUGCCUUAGGUAUUUAGAAAACAAAUGCCUGGUGGCUAACUGUGAUCAUACGUUGAGCCCCGUGGGUGAAGUCGAGAGGCGCCUCCUCAGUAUGCCAGAGGAAAGCCUGGUUCAUACAUACCGACAGGCACUGCGCAGCUCCUACAUAUUCCAGCGGUAUUUUAAGUGCUUUGCGAAUAUCUUUGAGCGUCGCAAACUCGGCAAGCACCUGCUGCAAAUGCUGGUCAACAGCCGGUUGUAUCGAAACUUAACAGUGCACAUUGUUGAGUACGUUUUUUCAGCCCUCAAACGUUCUGGAUUGGAGCGCGAGGCCACGAAUUGCAUGAUGACGGAUCUCUGGAUGCCAGACAAGGCACACAAGUUCAGUGAGUUGACGUUGGCAAUAUUGAAUAUAUUAAAAACGGUCAACUGGCAGGACUACAUCGAUCAACUUGUAGAGCUGCACGAAACACACAAGUUCUUGUUAUCCGACGAAUUAAUGGUCCGAAUAAUGAAGUGGGCAGAUGUUACGAAGAACGAAGCCCUCCAAAAGAAAGCCAUGAUGAUGCUACUCGCUGACAUGGGCACGUAUUCUCGGUCUCCGACUCUCAUGUCCCUUGUCGACAGGUUCUCCAACCCCGAUCCAAAUCCGAACUUACAUCAGUUGAGGGCAGGGUCCGUGCCAGCCCUUCCUCGGAUAUCACCGGCACAACAACAGCUCAUCCCGCAACAAGAUCGACUACUUGGAGUAGGUUCGAGUCCUUCCCUCCUUAGGAGAUUUUCGACAAGUGGACACCCUCAACCAUUUCCAGCAUCGAACUGGAACCUGCCUGGAGCAGGUCCUGGUCCAUCGCUUAUAAGGAGUAAUCCAGCUCUUACGCCACAUUGGACUCACACUGCUAGUUCCAAUGCUUAUCGCGACCUGCCUGGAGCAGGUCCUGGUCCAUCGCUUAUACGGAACUCUCCGCUACUUGGACAUCAUCAGGAGCAGCAGGAGUAUUUAACAUCGCUCUCGAGAAGCCAAGGGGAUAAUGGGAACAGAGCCGAUGACCCGUUUUGCAAUUACCGCAGUAGUUUCCAGUAGGAUAGUUUUUUUUUCAGUCAAAUGUAGUUAUGUACCCCAUUAUAAUAUAAUUCUCUAUAUAUAUAUAUGUGACCUUAGGGAGAUGACUCCCUGCAGUUAAAUGGACGAUUUUGAUAUGAUCAUAUUGAAGUUUCUUUGGGAUUAAACCCAUUGUUUAUGUUUCAUAAUAUGUACUUACAAUUAUAAAAGUGUAUAAUUAUUGCGACACCUAAAGGGAAUUUUGUCUUGCUUGCAAGAAAUUCUGUUUGUGAAGUUUGUAGAAUCAGAAUUCCUAAAUAUAACCAAAAAAUUAUGUACAAUUA